UGCCACCUAUCAAUGCCAGUCAGUGCCACCUAUCAGUGCUGCCAAUGAGUGCCACCUAUCAGUGCCAGUCAGUGCCGCCUAUCAGUGCCAGUCAGUGUCGCCUAUCAGUAUGCAUCCGUGCCGCCUAUCAGUGCCCGUCAGUGCUGCCUAUCAGUGCCACCUAUCAGUGCCAUCUGCAUCAGUGCUGCCUAUCAGUGCCCGUCAGUGCUGCCUAUCAGUGCCAGUCAGUGCCGCCUACCAGUGCCUCCUCAUCAGUGCCCAUCACUGCAUCCUCAUUAGCACACAUCAGUGAA